GAGACGUGUGUCGGGACUGUGUGUCGAGCGACCCAUCCCUACUACAGAGCAUUUAGGUAUCUGCGGACAUCUGCACCUGGAUACAAACACCAUCAGUGUCCAGCAGGGGGCGUCAGGCACAGAGUCCAAGAGGACAGACGAGAUGCAGAGGGACUCUGUAGAACACAGAUGGACACCAGAGGAGGCAGAGGUCCAUGACAAAUUCAGAUCCACACUGAAGAGCAAGUUUCAGCAUCUGGUUGAGGGAAUACCUAAUCAGGGAGAAACCAGACUCCUCCAUGAGAUCUACACAGAUCUCUACAUCACAAAGGUGGGAAGAGGGGUCAAUAAUGAACAUGAGGUCAGACAGAUGGAGAGAGCAUCCUGGGGAGAAUCAGCACAAAACAGACCAAUCAAAUGCAGUAACAUCUUUAAACCCUUAUCUGGACAACACAAACCCAUCAGAACAGUGCUGACAAAGGGAGUGGCUGGCAUUGGGAAAACAGUCUCUGUGCAGAAGUUCAUCCUGGACUGGACUGAAGGAAAAAUCAAUCAGGAUGUCCACUUCAUAUUUCCUUUUCCUUUCCGAGAGCUGAACCUGAUGAAGGAGAAGAAACUCAGUCUGGUGGAGCUUAUUCAACACUUUUUUCCAGAAAUUAAAGAUUCAAAAAUCUUUACCAGCUCAAAGCACAGAGUCAUGUUCAUCUGUGAUGGUCUGGAUGAGUGUCGACUUCCUCUAGAUUUCCAUUCUAAGCUGAGUUGUUGUGAUGUGACAGAGCCAGCUUCAGUGGACGUGCUGCUGACAAACCUCAUCAAGAAGAAUCUGCUUCCCUCUGCUCUCCUCUGGAUCACCACCCGGCCAGCAGCAGCCAGUCAGAUCCCUCCUGAGUGUGUGGACCAGGUGACAGAAAUAAGGGGAUUCAAUGACCCACAGAAAGAGGAGUACUUCAGGAAGAGAAUCAGUGAUGAGAACCUAGCCUGCAAAACCAUCACACACCUAAUGUCAUCCAGGAUCCUCUACAUCAUGUGCCACAUUCCAGUCUUCUGCUGGAUUUCAGCCACUGUGGUAGAGAGAACAUUUGAAUCAGAAAAAGUAGAAAUGCCAAGAACUCUCACUCAAAUGUACACUCACUUCCUGAUCAUUCAGACUUGCAUCAAAAAAGAGAAGUACACAGAGAGAAAAGAGAUGGAUGAAGAGAGAAAAGAGACAGAUGAAGAGAGAAAAGAGACAGAUGAAGAGAUGAUUUUCAAACUGGGCAAACUGGCUUUCAAACAGCUGGAGAAGGGCAAUCUGAUCUUCUAUGAGGAAGACCUCAGAGAAUGUGGCAUUGAUGUCAUAGAAGCAUCAGUGUACUCAGGAGUGUGUACUCAGAUCUUCAGAGAGGAGUCUGGGCUGUACCAGGGGAAGGUGUUCAGCUUUGUGCAUCUGAGCAUCCAAGAGUUUCUUGCAGCUUUAUAUGUGUUUCUCUAUUUCAGAAACAGAGAGAGAAGCAUGUCUGACCAACAUCAAACCUCUCAGCUCUCUGCCCUAUUCAGAGCUGCAACACUGCAUGAUCUACACAAGACUGCAGUGGACCUGGCCUUACAGAGUAAGAACGGACACCUGGACCUUUUCCUCCGCUUCCUUUUGGGCCUGUCACUGGAGUCCAAUCAGAAUCUCUUUAUGCACCUACUGCCACAGACAAUACGUCAACCACAGAGCUCAGAGCAAACGGUCCAGUAUGUCAAACAGAAGAUCAGAGAUCAAAGAAAUUCAGGCAGAAAGAUCAACCUGUUCUACUGUCUGAAUGAGCUGAAUCACCAUGCUGUAGUGGAGGUGAUUGACAGGAGCUCAGGAACUCUGUUUGUAGACACACUCAUACCAGGAGAGUGGACGACUAGGAGAUUUACAUUUAAGAUUCCAGAGGAGCAGCUUGAUGAGUUUGACCUGCAGAAGUACAUAAAGACACCAGAGACUGAUCAGACUGAACUCCUCAGUCCAGAUGAAGUUCUUCAGAGGCUGGUUUCAGUGGUCACAUCAGCACUGCUGCAUAGUUGUUCCCUCACAGAGAAGAGCUGUGCUGCGAUAGCGUCAGCUGCUGGAUCAAACUCCUGCAGUUUGAAGGAGCUGAACCUGAGUAACAAUGAGCUUCAUGAUGCAGGAGUUCAGCAUCUCUCAGAGCUCCUCAAGAAUCCCCACUGCAAACUGGAGAAACUAGAGCUGGAGGAGUGUUUCCUCACAGAGAAGAGCUGUGCUGUGAUAGCGUCAGCUGCCACAUCAAACUCCUGCAGUUUGAAGGAGCUGCACCUGAGUGCCAAUGAGCUUCAUGAUGCAGGAGUUCAGCAUCUCUCAGAGCUCCUCAAGAAUCCCCACUGCAAACUGGAGAAACUAGAGCUGUGGAGUUGUUCCCUCACAGAGAAGAGCUGUGCUGCGAUAGCGUCAGCUGCCACAUCAAACUCCUGCAGUUUGAAGGAGCUGAACCUGAGUGGCAAUGAGCUUCAUGAUGCAGGAGUUCAGCAUCUCUCAGAGCUCCUCAAGAAUCCCCACUGCAAACUGGAGAAACUAUUGCUGGUUAAAUGUUCCCUCACAGAGAAGAGCUGUGCUGUGAUGGCGUCAGCUGCCAGAUCAAACUCCUGCAGUUUGAAGGAGCUGAACCUGAGUGCCAAUAAGCUUCAUGAUGCAGGAGUUCAGCAUCUCUCAGAGCUCCUCAAGAAUCCCCACUGCAAACUGGAGACACUAGAGCUGCAGUAUUGUUCCCUCACACAGAAGAGCUGUGCUGCGAUAGCAUCAGCUGCCAGAUCAAACUCCUGCAGUUUGAAGGAGCUGAACCUGAGUAACAAUAAGCUUCAUAAUGCAGGAGUUCAGCAUCUCUCAGAGCUCCUCAAGAAUCCCCACUGCAAACUAGAGAAACUAGAAGUGGAUGUUGGUAUCUUCCUAAAGGAGAGUCCAGCAGCAGCAGCAGCCUCUGCUAGCAGCUCCCACUCAGAUGCUGCAGAGCUGCACCUCAGAGACAAAGCCCAGCAGAACCCAGGAGCAGAGCUGCUCUCUCUGGACACUCACACAUCAGACCAGUGGUCAGACUGUGGUGGCUCCUUCAGUGGCUUAUAACCAGGUCCAGAGAGACGUCAACAUCACAACUCAUAUUCACGUGGAACCAUCCUCAGCAGGCAACACAGGCCGGAUAAAUGGUCCUCUACAAGGCAACCAGACACCUACAAGUGGGAGAUGGACUGCCCUGAGAUGACUGUGUUAAUCUGCGCUCAGAUCUCUAAAGGAAGCUCUACAAAAUGGAGACCAAGCAUUUCCUCCUUACACCCUGGAGUGGAGUUAGAACAUGUCUAUGUCCGUUUCUAAUAGCACCAUAUCACAUUUCUGUUUUAUUCUAUUAUAAGUACUUGUUGUUAGUUGAUUGUAUUUCAGUUAUUAAACUUGACAGAAGAGUUAUUUUAGCACCUGUUUUUAGCACCACAACAUCAAUAGUGAACGCAAUGCAAAUGACAAAUUCCAUGUUAAAGUUAAGCAAAUGAUCAUUGAUUACUUUUAUGUGUUGAUUAGUCACAAUGUAGAAAUGAUGAAGUUUUACUCCGACACAAUUUUAGUUGAAUAGAAUGAAUGAUUUGUAUUUACUGUACCACUUAGUGACAGUAGCAAAGAUUCCAUAGU